CCCAUUUUUUUGGAUCUCCAAGCUACCAAAUAGAAACUUCCUCUUUUUCUUGCAGCUGAUUGUCCUUCUGCAGAAACGAGAAAACAAUUUUUUUUUUCUAAGAAAAAAGAGAAAAUAGGUUUUACACAAUGAAAGGCUUUAAGUUCUAUGAGAGAAUCCUUGGAGCUUUUCAUGACCACCCAACAGUAUCUAAGCUUGUUGUUCUCUCCAGUGUCAGUGGUGGAGGUCUACUUGCAUUUUCUGAUAACAAUCAAUCCCAAAAUUUAAUUUCUGACUCUGCUCAAGGAGAAUGCAAGAAAAAGAAGGUGGUGGUUCUUGGAACUGGUUGGGCUGGCACCAGUUUUCUGAAAAACUUGAAAAGUUCAUCAUAUGAUGUUCACAUUGUGUCACCUCGCAACUAUUUUGCAUUUACUCCUUUGUUACCAAAUGUUACAAAUGGAACAGUAGAAGCUCGCAGCAUUGUGGAACCUAUUCGCAGCAUUGUGAGGAAGAAAAAUUUUAAAGUUGAAUUCAAGGAAGCUGAGUGUUACAAGAUUGAUCCGGUGAAGAAGAAAAUUCAUUGUCGAUCUAGGCAUGCCAAGAAUUUGGGUGGGAAUGAUGAAUUCACAAUGGAUUAUGACCUGUUGGUGGUUGCCAUGGGAGCUUGUUCAAAUACUUUCAAUACCCCUGGUGUUCUGGAAUAUGCCUACUUCUUGAAGGAAGUUGAAGAUGCUCAGAAGAUCCGUAGGUCUAUAAUAGAUUGUUAUGAGCGGGCAAGUCUUCCCAAUAUAAGUGAAGAAGAGAAGAAACGGAUCAUGCACUUUGUAGUGGUUGGUGGAGGUCCAACAGGCGUGGAAUAUGCUGCAGAUCUUCAUGACUAUGCAGUUGAAGAUUUAGCUCAGCUAUAUCCUUCUCUCAAAGACCACCUAAGAAUUACGCUCAUUGAGGCAGGUGAUCACAUUUUGAACAUGUUUGAUGCAAGAAUCACUGAAUUUGCCACAGAAAAGUUCUGCAGAGAUGGUAUUGAUGUAAAGACAGGGUCAAUUGUCACAAAAGUUUCUGAGAAGGAUAUUUCCACCAAAGAUAGAAAAACUGGCCAAACUGGUUCUGUACCAUAUGGAAUGGUUCUUUGGUCAACUGGUAUUGCUACUCGUCCUGUUAUUAGGGAAUUUAUGAAGCAAAUUGGCCAGGGCAACAGGCGUGUUUUAGCAACUGAUGAAUGGCUGAGGGUUGAAGGAUGUGAUGACAUAUAUGCUCUUGGUGACUGUGCCACAAUAAUUCAACGAAGCAUAAUGGAAGAUGUAGUGGCAAUAUUCAGCAAGGCAGACAAGAAUAAUACUGGUGUUUUAGAUUUGCAAGACUUUAAAGAAGUUGUUGACCACAUCUGUGAGAGGUACCCUCAAGUGAAUAUUUAUUUGCAAAAGAAAAAACUGAAAAAUUUUGAUGACUUACUGAAGGGUGCUCAAGGAAAUGACAAAAAGAAGAUAGACAUAGAAAUGUUUAAGCAGGCUCUAUCUGAAGUGGACUCUCAAAUGAAAAAUCUUCCAGCAACAGCUCAGGUUGCGGCUCAACAAGGUGCAUACCUUGCAAAUUGUUUCAAUCGUAUGGAACAAUGUGAGAAGCGUCCUGAAGGUCCUCUCAGAUUCAGGGGAGCAGGACGCCAUCGGUUUCAUCCCUUCAGGUACAAACACUUGGGACAAUUUGCUCCACUGGGAGGAGAACAAGCUGCAGCUCAACUUCCAGGAGAUUGGAUUUCCAUUGGUCAUAGCACUCAGUGGCUCUGGUACUCAGUUUAUGCAAGUAAGCUAGUAAGCUGGCGAACAAGAAUAUUGGUGAUUUCUGACUGGUUCAGAAGGUUCAUAUUUGGAAGGGACUCUAGCAAAAUCUAAGAGUGGUGGAGCACAUCAUGGAAGAUUUCAUUCCAUCUUUACUUUAAUGACUUAAAAUUUCCUUAGCAUUUUUUUAUUUAUUCUGUCCUGUAUUGGCUACACUUUCUGUCUGUUUCAGGAGAAAAUAAAUUCUUAGCAAAAUAAUUUUCCUAAAAAGAAUUACUAAUAUACAUGUUUUCCCUUGUUUAUUUUUCCAUUUGA